CCCUCCGCCGGACCGGAAAAGGACGGCGGUCGCCAUGGCGAGCCGCGCGCGGAUGAAUUAUCUCAAGGUGUGGCCAGAUGACCAGCUGAAUGGAGGUUGAGAGUUCAGCUUGAAAAUCUAAAAUUGUGUUGACAACUGUUGGAAGUAAUACCUUUCAGAGAAGCUUGCUGUUUGUCUCUCUCUACCACCGUCAGAUUUAAAGCAAAGGCAACAUUUUUUUCAGGGCCCUGCCAGGACAUUUUUAAUGGUCUUUUGCUUCUAGGGGACAGCCUUGUUUAUAUCUCUAGCUCACAGAUGCAGAGCAUGCUGAUAAAGAAGGUGGUUAUCUCUCAGGUUUUGAAGCUUUUUAAAUUACUACACAGGACCCGGCAAGAAGUUUUUAAACAUGAUACCAGAGCUCUUGAAGCUGCAAGGCAAAAGAUAAACGAAGAAUUCAAAAAUAACCAAGAUGAGAUGUCUGAAGAGAAGAUAAAAGAGCUUCUGAAAAUAGCUUCAGAUGUUGAAGUGAUUCUCAGAACUUCUGUUAUUCAGGCAGUUCACACGGAUUCUGACAGAAUAGAUUAUGCCUUGGAAGAUUUGUGACACAAUGAUGACCUUGAUGCAAAGCCUAUCAAAUUCUGGAAUUUUGGUUCUCGAUUUAGAAGUGUUUUUGUCUUACAGUCUAACACAAGAGCUAUAGUAAGUUCAGCAUACAACUGUGUGGUAGAGGAUAGGAGAAAUCUUCAGCAACGUAUAUUAUUUCCUUUCGCUUCUGUUUAUUGGUGUCUGUAAAGUUUUGUAGCUGUUUUCAGUUUUAGAUUAGGUAAAGCACUUAACUUUAGAACAGCUGUUAUAAUCAAGGCCAAAGAUAGGUCUAGACUAGUGUCAAGUCUUCCACAGUGAUCCUGGGCAGAUGACAGCAGAAGGGUAGGAAUAGAACAAGUGAACUUUCACACCUUCCAGCUGUUCACACCUGCUUCGUGUGCUAGGGAAAGUUUCUGGUUUUGUUGUCCUCAGUGUGUUUCUCUUUCAUGAAAUUGUUCCUGUCAAGCAGUACAAAUGCCUUGCAUCUAAAAACCUUUGACAAAUAAUUUAUUCUGUUUUUUAUGAAGAAUCACAUACUGUAGUUUUGAAUCUAGUUCUACUCUUCAAUUACUAUCCAUUUUCACCAAGCUCUUGAUGAGUUUUUAAGUCCCUUAUUUGCACCAUCCCCCCCCUUAUGGAACAGCUUUUCUGUGAAACAACACGUGAGUGCCUGUGAUCAUUCUGUUGCUAUUCUUUACAUCUUUUUCAGUUCUACUAUUAUCUCUUUUAAGGUGAUUAAGAACUUGCUCAAUCAGAGCUGAUAGAAGUCACCAACCUAUGGGCAGCCAGGCAUUUAUACGCAAAAUAAUGGCACAGCGAUGGUUUCUGUCGCGACGGAGGGAAGACACAGUCACUCAAUAUGAGUGAUCAGCAGACUUCGUUUAUUGUCCCUUACAGUCACCUUUUAUGCCUUCUUAUAAUUAGCUCAUACAUAUUACAAAAGUUAAGCUCAUUAUUGGUUAGUUGCCUAAAUACCAAGCCCGCCCCUAGUUUCUCUUCUGUAGUUAUCUGUUCCCACCUGCAACAUUCUUUUCCCACCGCGAUCUUCCUGAUAUUGUGUAACAAGAACAGCCAAGGACAGUGUAUUUUUGCUUUACUUCAUAUAAGCUGAGAGUGAUGUGCAUUUUUGUCCAGCCAGCUGGACUAUGUCUGUGUGACCCUUUUCAGCUAGCCAGUUAUCCACAGUUUUCUUUUUCAUUCUCCAUUGAUUUCCUUGUCAUUCCUCAUUCUAAAUUUCAUUUUUGACUGCUGUGUGUACAUACAUUUAUUUUUACAAAAUUGUGUUGUAUUCAUUAAACUCAUCUGAAUGGUCCUAGUCAGUUUAGAACCUGUCACAUUCUUUGUGAAGCUUGUGAAGUAUUUUUUUUGACUUAUGUGUAUUGCACAUCUCUACAUGUAAUUUUACUGGUUACUUAGUCAAAUCUUAAGCUUGUCCUACAAUUUUGAUAGUAAGCUGUUUUCUUAAAGAACCUGUUCAGGAUGGUAUCAUUAAAAAAAUGUUCUUUUCUGGGUUACUUAUAAGUAUGUUGAACAACACAGAUGCCAACAAAAAUACCUGUAGAGCUCUACUUUUGACAUCCCUCCGUUGGGAGACCUGUUCAUUCAUUUUUCACUUCCUUCAUUUUAACCAGUGACUUACCCACGCAAGAACUUCUGUCAUAAUAAGGUUGUUAUUUUCUUAAAAGCUUUUGCUGAGGGGCUUUUGGGAAUGUAAGCAUGUUGUGGCAGCCCCUCCAGGAGCUAUUCAGAGAGCUCCAGCAGGGACUGUGAGUCAGAACGUCCCUUGCAAAGGCCAUGUGAAUUCAUGUUCAAAUACUAAUUUGUACUCUGUUAUUCUGUGGGUGUGUAGGGAUGGGUUUAGGACAGCCAAAGCCCACCUGGAGUUGAUCUUGGCAAGGAAUGUGAAGGACAGCAAGAACUAUUUCUAUAGGCAUAUCAGCAGCUGAAGGAAGAGGAGGGAAAAUGUGGGCCCACAGCUGAGUAGGGCAGUGGACCUGGUAACAAAGGACUCCGAAGAGUCUGAGGCACUUGGUACUUUCUUCUUGGUACCUCAGUCUUCACUGCUAAGGUUUGCCUUCAGGAGUUCUGGGUCUCAAACCAUUGGGAAUGUCUGGAGCGAGGAUGACAGACUUGGUAGAGGAGAAAAAAAGGCUAGGGAACAUUUGAACAGAUGUUCAAAUGGGGGGUUGAUGAUGGGGAAUACACAAAUCAUUGGGACCUGAUGUGAUGCACUUGUGGGUGGUGAGGAAGCUGGCUGAUGUCAUUGCAAGGCCACUCUCAAUUAUCUUUGAAAUGUCAUGUUGAUUAGGGGAGUUGUGUGAGGACUGGAAGAAAGCAAAUGUCACUCCUCUUUUCAAGAAGGGCAAGAGAGCCUCACUGUGAUCCAUGGGAAGAUGGGUGACCCAAUGCUGGAAGCUGUUUCCAAAUGUUGUAAGAACAGAAUGGGGACUGAGAACAGUCAGCAAGGAUUUGUGAAGGGGAGAUCUUCUCUGACCAAUCUGCUACUCUUAGUGAAGUGACUUGACUCAGCGAACAAGGGGAGAGUAGUAGUGAUUGUUUUGACUGUAGCAGAGCUUUAGUGCUUUAAAAUAUCCAUAAACAAAAAGUGAUAGAAUUGCCCUCACCUAAUUUUACAGACUUCUAAGAGAAGUGGUGUCUGUGAGGUUUGUGUAUCUAGAGUCUAGUAUUGGCCAGGAAAACUUUUGUCCUGCGGCAAAAAUCUGGAGUGUAUUCAGGGCGCGUUUGAAUGCUUUUGAAUGCAAAGGAUGUCAUUACACAGUCUUUUGCCCAUUCUUUGUUUUUCUUUUUUUUUUCUGCAUCUGCUGUGGAUAGGUCUAAGCCUUGCUUCUCACUCUGAUUUUACUGCAGUAAGAAUAACACAAUAAUCUUGAAACAGCCAUGACAGUUAAGAGCCGUCUGUUUUGUGUAUGUAUUUGGAAUAUAUAUUGAAGUGAGAAACACUUAGUUUUGAUAAUGUAGGGAAUCACCAGUUAAAAGAUAAGGAAUUAUUAGAAAAGAAAACCAGAGCAUCAUGAUAGAAGUUCACAGAAUAAGAAAGAGCAGUAUAAAAAACAUAUAGAAUGGAUAGAUAUUCUUACUUGUACUGAUAUAAUGAAAAUAUAAGGAACAUUUAGUGAAGUUGGAAUUUUUACUCAAAGCUAGCACCAAAAAAAUGCACUUUUAUUUUACACAAUAAGUAAUCCUUAAAGGUCAUGGCAAUGAAUAAUCUUUGUGGCUGGGAGCAUGGUCUUACUCAAAAUACAAAAAAGCAGAACAAACUUAAUGCUUAGCCUGAAAGAGUAAAAGCAAAUCUCCGUACAGAAGGAAUAUACAGACCUUUAUACCAUGGUAAAUUGAUUAGUAACAGAACAUUAUUCCUAAGUGCUAUUGUUUGAGCAGGCUUCUAGUGUAUGUGUCUUCCUGAGAAUCCAGCUUUGUUUAGUCAGAUGGCACUCUGAAUAGGCAAAUCUGAUAUAGCUCUUACUGUAUUAUUGUCACUGGUAGCACAGGGUAUGCCAUUCAAAAAUUCCUGAAACCAGAAAUAAAGUUUUUAGGGAAUUGAAAUAAUUGUCACCGUGUUUUGAUAGUAGCUUGUGCUGAAUAGCAUGGUCAGUGCACCGUGUGAAAUUGUACCUAUAUAUGGGUGUGGUUUCCACUGCUGCUCCAUUUUGUUGAGUCUUGCCCUACUGUUUCCAUCUUACCUUGUUGUACAGAAAAGUUGUCUGAGAUUGUAAAGGGGAAAAAUGUUGGAAGUGGGACUUCAACUUGAGUUGAAUGAAUCUAUGGCUAGGUGGUGUUGUGAUUUAGCCCUAGCUGGCGACAGCCUCACACAGCCCACUUGCUCACUCCCACCACAGUGAGAUGGAGAAAGUGGGAAGGGUAAAAGAGAGAAAACUCAUGGGUUGAGAUAAAACCAGUUUAACAAUAAAGCAAAAGCUGUGUGUGCAGGCAAAGCAAAGUAAGGAAUUCCUUCAUUACUCCCUGUUGGCAGGCAGGUGUUAGAGCCAUCCUCAGGAAAGCAGGGCUCCAUCACACCUAACAGUUACUUGGGAAGAUAAAUACCACCCCUGCAAAUGUCCCCCCUUCUUUCUCCUAGCUUUUAUUGCUGAGCACCAUGUCAAAUGGUAUGGAAUAUCCUUUUGGUCAGUUGGGGUCAGCUGUCCCAUCUGUGUCCCCUCCAAACGUCUUAUGCAUGUAUAUGAUUAGCACCUAGCAGCCAGUUUCUGGUGGGAAGCGUGUUGCAGGAAAUACCUGUAUAGGUAUAUGAUCUGCUUAGGUAGCACAUUGAAUGGGUAUUCAAUUCCAGUACAGCUUUGAUUAAGGAAGUUUAGCAGAAUAAAUCAACCUUUUUGAUCCUUAAUUUUUAUGCUCUGUGGUAAUUUACAGUGCUAAUAGAAUUACCAUUAGCUCCCUUGUUACUUUUAUGGUAUCAUCUUACGUUAAAUGAGAGGCUUAGGACAGAUCUAUUUAAAAAAAAAAAAAAAAAAGUGGCAGUGGAAGUGCAGCCCUAAGGUGGCUGCUUGAGUUGCUGUUUGUUGGCAAAUAAAAAAUAAGCACCUCAAGUUGAAGAGUUUACUUUUCAUAGUGCUUCAUCUUAGGUGCUAUGUGUUUGUUUUGGAAACUUUGUUAGGUAAAGGUUUUCUUUGCUUUCAUAGAAGGUAUACUGACCUAUUUUGAAAAGAGUUGUAAAAUACUUACAUUGGCCUGUAUUUAAAUUUUCAUUCCAAGCCAUUGCCCCACUCCUCUGCCCCUCCAUUCCCCCCCCCAAAAAAAAAAAAAAAAAAAAAAAUUGAUGUGAUGGGUUGCUUGGUUGUAUGAAAGAAGAGCAAGGGUGGGGUGAGGAGAAACUAUGUGAAAUGUUUCAGAAACAUAUUGCUGCAGCUAGUUUCCUAAGUGAGUUAGUAUCAGAAUCUUUUGACUCUUAACUUUUUGUAUUAUAGCUGACUAUACAAUGUAGCUACACCUGGUGUGUUUUUCUUUUUUCUCAAUCCUGAAUCUCUAAAAUAACUAUUUAGUAACUGAAAAGAAAAAGCCAAAGACUUGUCUUAGUGAGAACAGAUAUUGGUGAGGGGGACAUUUUCCCUAAUCAAAUGAAAUUAUUCUGUGCUGUUAUAGAAACACUGCACAGGGCAAUGUUAUUCUCUAAAAGGAAUUUGAGAUUCAGUGGUGUAUAGUCAUGUUGGGAUUCACUGGUAAAUAUUUAAAAAAAGAAAUUAGGCAGAGGGUUUCUUACUAAAGAGAAGAUGAUUUCAAUUAGGAGCUUGUUAGUCACAUUAGACAGUCUUUCUGAUUUUUUUUUAUUUCCAUAAAUGUUUCAGUCUGAGGUACGUUACUCAGUAGUAUACAAAUAUCUUGGUUCUUUUCUCUUUAAUUUCAGAUUAAGCUGGUAGAAGUAGAGCCUACAUUUCAGUAAUAAACCACACAUGCAGUUAUGUUCUGAUUAUUUUGAUUUGGUGUGUUGGCAGUGUAUGUUAAAAACUUCGCUUUGAAAAGGAAGGUUAAAAAUUCUUUCAAUCUUUCUUUGUUUGGACUUCUGAUUUUUAAUAGUUUAUAUCCAGUUUUGUUUUUCUUUGGUAUUUCUAUUUCGUGUACCUAUUACAGGUGUGUAGAUUAACAUGUUCUGCCAUAAAUUUACUCCCAAGUAUUUUAUCUAAGAGAAAUGCAAUUGAAAUUUCACUUAAAGCCCUUAGAAAUUUACUAAAUUCAUCAGUAUCAGUACCCAGAUGCAGAAGGAACACACCUAGAAAGAAAUGCAUUUUCUUUAUUAUAAGAUAUGGGGUAUCAGUGCACUUUGGACAGAAUGUUACUCAUUGCACACAUAUGCACACAAACACACAGUUUUACAGGUUUACCUCAACUUUUGCAGCUAUCUGACCUAGUCAGAGUGCAGCAUUAUGAUUUCAGGUGUUGUGCUUUAGUUUUUGCAGCUGGACCAAAUCCACCACAUUGCAGCUUCUUCCUUUCAUGAAGAAAAGACAAGCUGAUUUCUGAAGAGCUAGAUGGCAAGAACUUAAGAGUUAAGAAUAGGUUAAAAUGGUGUAUAAUUAGACAAACCCCAACACAUUGCACUUCUGUAUGAUAAUAGCAGCUACCAAUUUCAUUCGAUAGUUUCUUUUCCUGCUGGCCUUUAAAAUAGAAUUGACAAGAUGAAUCUAACAGAUCAUAUUCCAGGAUGCUGGGGGAGAGGACUAAGUCACAUUUAAUAUUUAUUGUUGUAAGUUGAAGUAAACGUAAUCUGACUCGGGCAUGAUAAAAUUGGCAUUCUCUCCCUUGCUAGAAGUUACUGCAACACUUUACUAUUUUUGAUGGAUUCUUAAUGCUAUUAAAGUAUUUUCAGUGCUCUUAAAAGGAAAAAGUAGAAGGCAAUAUUCUGACAAACAGAAAGUUAAAAUCUUAAGAUAAUGUUGUCUUGGGUAGGUAUCAUACUGCUGCUUGUAUGCUUACCAGAAAUUCAGAUUCUCAUUUUAGUAACCUGACUUUUUUGUUUGUAGAUGUAAGAACAACUUUAGAAUUUUAAAUACUGUUUUCCAUAACAUUAUAUUCCUUCAGGUUUUUUUUUCUU